AUGCGUAUAUGGCAAGCUUCCUUGUUCUUUUACGUCUUCGUCUUCGUAAUCUGUGAGUUUCUACGCACGUUGGUACUGCGGUUUAUCCCUGGACCUAACAAUCGUCUAUCUAAGCAGUUACUUUUAGAGUUCAUUGGCACAUUACAAAUAUGUGCUCCUAUGUUCGACGUCGGCACGAUUUUAGAUAAUUAUGGAUUGAUAGGAGUGUUCGUAGAGAUUACAGUUCUUGAGUACGCCAACAGUUUAUUCAUAAGAGAUUGCAUAGCCCAACCUUGCCCUAUUAUUACCUCUUGUUAUCGGAAAUGGAAAUUCAUAAAAAGAGUCGUUUACGUCUUUAUUGUGCAGUUUGCUGCUGCAUAUCUCUCCUAUUUCCUGGCUAGAACGUUUUGGAGGCUUCACAUUCAUAAAGUUCAUAUCGAAUUACUCGAACAACGUAGCUGCACAGCUGAUUUAACGGUGGCUUUAACAACAGGAAUGCUAGUAGAAGGCUUCGCCACUUUCUUCGCUAAAGCUUUCGAGAAAUGGACAGAUGAUGUAUACGAGGGAAGUCGCACAUGUGCGCUACUGAACAGUACAUUCAGUGGUCUGUUGUGCGCCAUCGGCAUUAAUUAUACUGGCAUGUAUGCUAAUCCGAUCGUUGCAUGGGCAUGCACUUUCAAUUGUGAGGGCGUUAGUCAUUUGGGUCAUCUUAUCGUAUACUGGUUUAGUCCAAUCGUAGCUUGGUAUUUGGCUGAAAAGGUAUUCGGCCACGAAGAAACAAUAGAAGAAGAAAGCGAAGUGAUGGUAGAGAAGAAGGAAAAAUAA